AUGAGCGAACAGUCGAUAAACGAGACUGUGGAAGAUAAGGAAGAAGGAAAGAGACAGGCAGAGACAAAAAGUGAGUCUGGGGAGUCGCGGGGUGGGGAAGGGGAACCAGUGUUUGAAGAGGGGCUAGAAGAUGGAGAGGGAAGCGGAGGCAUUGAUAGAAGGGGCAAAGGAAGACUGAAGAAAGCGGAAUCAUGGAAGAUUCUAAGAACAAGUAGCUUAGGGAAUCUGGGCGAUAUUAGAGGAUGGGUGAAUACUAGUAAAAGGAAGGUAACAGAAGAGGGAGAAGAUAGAGAUACGAAAAUAAGGGCAGUUGGAAACAAAAAGGAAGAAGGAAUAGAAAAGCUUAUAGAAAACGGAUUUAAGAAGAUCAUAGAGAGACUAGAUGAGGAGAAAAGAGAAAGGAAUAAACAGAUAGAGGAGAUGAGAAAAGAAACCAGAUUGCUAGAAGAAAGAAUGGCAAGAAAGACGCAGGAGCUGGAAUUGAAAUUAGAUAAGCUGAAGAUAGAGGUACAAGCAGGAUGGGAGGCAAGUAUGACGAAAGAGGGAGUGGAAAAAGAAAAUACGAAAAUAAAGGAAAAUAAAAUAGAGAAAGAAAUGAAAGAAAAGAUCGAGCAGAUAAGAGAGGAGUUACACAAAGGGAAAGAUAAAGACAAAGGAACAAACGAAGAUGAAGACAGACUAUGGGAGUUAGAGAAGUGGAAAGAAAAUAAGGAAAAAGAGGAAAGGAAAAAUAAUGUAAUGAUUUUUGGAUGGAAUGUGGAAGGAAAAAUAGAUAAAGAGAAGGUAACACAGUUCAUUAAAAGUGAGAUAGAGGUAGAAAGCGCGGUAGACGACAUAGAAGAGGUAAGAAGUAGAGGAGAAGGGGAGAAAAAAAUGGUAUGGAUAAGAAUGAAAAACUGGGAAAAGAAGAAAGAAAUAAUGGAGAAUAAAAGUAAGCUGAAAGGGAAAAAAGUAUUCAUAGAAAAUGACAGAACAAAGAAGGAGAGGGAAGAGCAGAAAGAACUAAACAGAAGAGCCAGAUGGGCUAAGGCAGAGGGUGCAAAAGAAGUGAAACUGGGGUUUGGAAGGCUGUGGGUCGACGGGGAAUGGAAAGUGUGGGACAGCAAAAGAAAAAUACUAGUGGGUACUACAGGGGGGAGAGAGUCAAAGGAAUAG